GCAUUUUGCAUGGUCUGUCAAUAAAUUAACAAUAUCAAGUUAGCCUAAUUAAAUUCAGUAAGACAUGAAGCAAACAAGACAACACUGUUCUUAAAAAUGGGAUCUGCACACUUACUAGAAGUAGAUGAGGGUGUUUUAGAACUCGUUGUGAAAUUGUUGAAUUAUUCUUCUAUGGAUUCGUUUAACGAAGAUGUUAGAAAAGUUAAAGAAUGGGCUAAGAAACAACCACACUUUCCAGAGGUGAUGGGUUAGCAUACAACUCUGAAAAGAAAAUCCUAAAUUUUCUAAUAUUAAACAAAGGAAGCGUCGAAAAAAGCAAAGAAAAAAUAGAAAACUAUUAUAACGUAAGCUCUCGGUUGCCAGAAAUAUCUGAUAAUAUUCAUCCGAAACUUUCUUACAUGGAAAAUGUUAAAGCGGCUGCUUUUAGUUAUUUUGUUCCUUUCCCAAAGCUGACAAAACAACUGUACAGAGUAGGUUUGUAUAAAAUAUGUGAUCCACUUAUAGCUGAAAGUGUUGAUCCUGUCGAUGGAAUUCGUUUAUUGGUGAAUAUACAAGAAAUUCGUAUGAUCGAAAAUAUUACCUAUGGGGAUGUUCUAAAACCUAAACUAAUAACACGAAUACACUUUUGCGAAAAUUCGGAUGAUUUAAUUGAAAAAUUCAGAAAAGAAAUUCUGCCGGAGGAUUAUGGAGGUGAAGAAAAGUCUCUAAAAGAACUGCAAGCUGACAAAAAAAUCCAAAAUUUUCUCAUACUAAACAAAGGAAGCGUCGAAAAAAGCAAAGAAAAAAUAGAAAACUAUUACAAAGUAAGGUCCCUGUUGCCAGAAAUAUUUGAUAAUAUUCAUCCAAAACUCUCUUACAUGGAAAAUCUUAAGGCGGCUGGUUACUUUGUUCCUCUCCCCAAGCUGACGAAAGAACUGUACAGAGUCGGUGUCUGUAAAAUAAUUGAUCCACAUAUAGCUGAAGAUGUUGAUCCUGUCGAUGGUAUUCGUCUGUUGGUGAAUAUACAAGAAAUUCGCAUGAUCGAAGAUAUUACCCAUGGGGAUGUGUUCAUAUUUGAUGGUAAAAAUGUACCUCUACGGUGGGUACUCAAGGUGACGCCGAUGUUCGUUUAUAAGGCGAUGGUUGUUGUAUACAAGCAAGUAUUCUCAAACCGAAUGAAAGCUGUUUAUGUAGUCAAUGCUCCCUCUUAUAUAGAAAAGGUUAUUGCUGUCCUUAAGAGCGUUCUAAGCCCUAAAUUGCUAACACGAAUACACGUUUGCGAAAAUUCUUAUGUUUUAAUUGAAAAAAUCGGAAAAGAAGUUCUGCCAGUAGAUUAUGGAGGCGAAGAAAAGUCUUUAAAAGAACUGCAAGAAAUGCUUUAUCAAAAAUUUCAAGAACGUGAAGAUUAUUUUACCCAACUAGAUAAACUUCGUAUAAAUGAAGAUUUGAAACCACAGGAGCUUGAAAAUGAUGAAAUGUUUGGACUUUCUGGAAAUUUUAAGAAACUAGAAAUUGACUGAUUAUUUUGAUUUAUUUUUUUAUACAUUUAGUUCAAUCACAUAUAUUUUAAAUGGUGUUGUACAUAGGUUAAUAAUACUUUUGCUCAAUAACUAAAUAAAUAAAUACAAAUUGUGUAA